AUGUCUAUGGAUUUCAACGGCUUAGCGCAACAAUUUACCGAUUUCUACUACCAACAAUUUGACAGUGACAGAUCUCAAUUGGGUAACUUGUACAGAGAGCAAUCCAUGUUGACCUUCGAAACCAGUCAAUUGCAAGGUGCCAAGGAUAUUGUCGAGAAGUUAGUUUCCUUGCCAUUCCAAAAGGUCGCCCACAGAAUCACUACUUUGGAUGCACAACCUGCCUCUCCAAGCGGGGAUGUUCUUGUCAUGAUCACUGGUGAUUUAUUGAUUGAUGAGGAACAGAACCCUCAACGUUUCUCUCAAGUGUUUCACUUGAUCCCAGAAGGUAACUCAUACUAUGUCUUCAAUGAUAUUUUCCGUUUGAACUACUCCAGUUAG